UUCAUCACUGCUUUAAUCUUAUUUUCAUUCACACUAUUCAUCUAAUCAGUCUCUUAGCAUUCAUGGCGGCUUAUGCAUCUCUGAUUUCUCUUAUGAAAGUCAUAGAUGAUAUUGAAACUCAUCCAUCCCCUCCAAUUUUUCUCGAUAAACAACAAGUUGAAUCUCUCACUGAAAAACUUGUGUUUUUGCAGGAAUUUCUCGAAAGCUAUAACUCUCCUUAUGCAUACAGCGAUGAAGCAGAUCCGUUGGAGAUGCGCAUUGUAGAUGCAGCUCAAGCGGCUGAAGAUGUGAUCGAGUCAUAUAUCAUUGACACUAUUCACCUUUCUGCGGCAGCAACUGACGAUGGUGCUGGUGGAGAUGAUGAUGAUGAUGAUGGUGGUGGUGAUGAUGAUGGUGAUGGUGAUGGUGAUGGUGAUGGUGAACAAAUCAGUUGCAUCCACUUCUAUCAGGAUCUGCAAAAUGUGAUUGAAGAAGUGGAUAUGAUCAAAAAAGAGGUGACUGGAAUAACAAGGGAAAAGGUAGUGCACCAGAGGAACGUGGCGGAUUUACGAUCCAGCAGUUCCACUGAGAAGAGCUCUAUCAUGGUAGGGUUUGAUGAUGUGCUUCAUCAACUCCUGCAUAAGCUUACCGAUGGAAACACCAAUCUCCAAAUCAUCCCUAUCGUAGGGAUGGGUGGCAUCGGCAAAACUACUCUUGCAAAAGGUGCGUUUGAACACAAGUUUAUCAAGGAUCAUUUUGAUAUAUGUGUGUGGGCCACCAUUUCUCAAGAUUAUAAUAUAGUAGAAACUCUUAGGCAAGUUCUCUCUCGAGCAGGAGGGUCCUCGAGCAGUAUGGAUGAGAAAGAAUUGGUAGUAGAAUUACACAAAUGCUUAUGGGGUAGGAGGUAUCUCGUUAUAUUGGAUGAUAUGUGGACCAUAGAUGUGUGGGAUAGGUUGAAAUUUUCUUUUCCUGAUUGUAGUAAGGGUAGUCGAAUAGUGGUAACAACUAGGAUGUCCAACUUGGCUGCCUACUUAACUGAUUCCUAUGGAGUUUUUAAGAUGGGAUUUCUAGACAAGGCUAGUAGUUGGACUUUGUUCUCCAAAACUGUAUUUGGGGAACAAGGUUUUCCAACUCAACUCGAGAGAAUUGGAAAGAAAAUUGUGGGAAAGUGUAAUGGACUUCCUUUGGCGAUUGCUGUGAUAGGGGGUCUAAUGGCUAAAUCCGAACCUACAGUAGAAUAUUGGGAGCACAUAAAGGAAAACUUAAGCUCAAUAGUGAAUUCGGAGAAUGAUGAUUAUUGCUUGAGAAUAUUGAAACUAAGUUAUAAUCAUUUGCCUGCCUAUCUAAAGCCAUGUUUUCUGUACAUGGGAGUGUUUGAGGAAGACCGUGAGCUUAGUGCUUCAGAAAUUGUCGAGCUAUGGGAGUCUGAAGGGUUUCUUAAACCAUUAGACAACAAAAGCUUGACAACAAUUGCAAAAGAGUACUUGCAGGAGCUAGUUGAUAGGAAUCUCAUUUUAGUUCAUGAGUUGGGGUUACUUGGGAAUGUAAAAUCCUGCAAAAUUCAUGAUUUACUAAGAGAUUUAUCAAUGAAAGAAGCUCAAAAACAGAGGUUUUUUUAUGUUUUGAGAGAAGAAAGUCCUGUAGGCGUAAUUAGCCAACACCGGAUUGUUAUUCCCAAGUACUUCUAAGGAAAAAAUCCGCAAUGCCUUUGAAUCCAUGUCACAUGUUCGUUCUUGUUUACUAUGGUGUGACAACAAUAUUAGUGUUCUAGAAUUGCCAAAAUCUAGAUUUCUGAGGACACUACAUGCAUAUAGACUUUAUCCAAAGAGAAAUACCCCAACACCUGUGAACUCACGAUACCUUGCUUUUCGAAACGUUCCUUCAGCAUGUGCAAACUUCAAUCAAAUUGCUCUGGAAUCUACAUACACUAAUCAUUUUUUGGGAGGGUGAUUCUAUUGGACGAAUUGAUAUCUGGAAAAUGCUU